AUGUCGACCUGUGCUCCCCUCCAGAGGUGUAUGCGCCGCGGCGCAGUACCAACACGCUCAGGAUUGAGCGGCAGACUGUACAAGUCCGCAAGGGCAUCCAUUGCAGCACCACAGGAAUGGAGCAGGCAUAGAGCCCCUGCCGCCACGACGGUUUCUAGCCUUCGUCGCGGGCUGUCAGCUCGACCCUUUAGCACAACCAGAACACUCCGCUUCGCUGAUGUCGACGAGAGCUUCGAUCCCAAGUCAGUGGAUCGGGAGAGCGAUGAAGUUGAUGUUUGUAUUGUCGGUGGCGGUCCCGCCGGACUGAGCGCCGCUAUUCGGCUCAAGCAACUAGCGAACGAGGCCGGCAACGAGGACUUUAGGGUAUUGUUGUUGGAAAAGGCUGGUGAAAUUGGCGCACAUAUCCUGUCUGGUGCUGUAAUUCAGCCCAGUGGAAUCGAAGAGCUGUUCCCGGACUGGCUGGACGAGGAGAACCCAAAUCGAUUCGAGCAUGCUACGCCUGCCGGAAAUGACAAGAUGCGCUUCCUUACCAAGGGUAGUGCUAUUCCGUUGCCUACACCGCCGCAAAUGAACAACCAUGGCAACUACAUUCUCAGUCUGAACCAAUUCACAUCAUGGCUGGGUGAGCGAGCUGAAGAAGUUGGCGUAGAAGUCUACCCUGGUUUUGCGGCAUCCGAGGUGCUCUACAAGCCAGACGGCUCGGUGCAGGGUGUCGCUACCAACGACCUGGGCCUUGGAAGAGAUGGAAAGCCCAAGGAUGGCUUCGAAAGGGGAAUGGAGUUCCACGCCAGGGUGACCAUGUUUGCCGAGGGUUGCCACGGCAGUCUGACAAAGCAGGUAAUCAAGAAAUUUGAUCUCCGGCGGGACAGCCAGAACCAGACCUACGCUCUAGGUAUUAAGGAGGUGUGGGAGAUUGAGCCGGAAAAGUUCAACAAGGGCGAGAUCAGCCACUCUAUGGGUUACCCGCUUCCUGCAGAUACCUACGGUGGUGGCUGGAUGUACCACUUUGGAGACAACUUGGUCAGUAUUGGGUUGGUGGUUGCUCUGGACUACUCGAACCCCUGGCUGUCACCAUAUGGCGAGUUCCAGAAGAUGAAGCAGCACCCCAUGUAUAAGAGCGUACUUGAGGGUGGCAAAUGCAUCUCUUAUGGUGCUCGAGCACUGGUCGAGGGCGGUUUCCAGUCGAUACCCAAGGUUGCCUUCCCAGGUGGUGCCUUGAUUGGAGAUUCCGCUGGUUUCGUCAAUGUUCCCAAGGUCAAGGGUACCCAUAACGCCAUGAAGUCUGGAAUGCUUGCGGCUGAAGCUGCAUGGGGUGCAUUGAAGGACGGUGAUGCUGGUUCGGUCUUUUUGUAUGACUACGAGGAGUCGCUGCGCAAAUCUAGCAUCUGGAAAGAACUCAAGGAGGUGCGAAACAUGCGCCCUUCCUUCCACAGCCCCCUGGGACUGUACGGCGGUGUGAUGUACUCUGGUCUUGAGGCAUUCGUUCUCAAGGGCCGAGUGCCGUGGACUCUGAAGCACAAGACAACGGAUCACGACUCGACAAAGCCGGCGGAUCAGUGCAAGAAGAUUGAAUACCCCAAGCCCGACGGAAAGAUCUCUUUCGACAUCCUCACCAGCGUAUCGCGAACAGGCACGAAUCACGAGGAAGACCAACCGGUCCACCUGCAAGUCAAGGACUGGGACGCUCACACCGACUCCACAUACCCAGAUUUCAAGGGUGUCGAGAACCGAUUCUGCCCUGCUGGUGUCUAUGAGUAUGUCGAGGAUGAGUCCAAGCCACAUGGAGUGAGGUUUCAGAUCAACGCACAAAACUGCAUCCACUGCAAGACCUGCGACAUCAAAGCACCAAAGCAAGACAUCAACUGGUCAGUACCUCAAGGAGGCGAGGGACCAAAGUAUUACAUGACAUAA